GCCCCUUGGCUGCCUCUUGAUCUUGUAAUUCACUACUACUACUACUAUAUAUAAGGUUGAGUGUUGAAUAUCAACUUGCCAUAAACAACUCAAAGAAGAGAAACACGCCCCUCUUCCUCACUCUCCUUCUCCUCUCCUCUCCUCUCCUCUCCAGGACAGGGUAAAGUUGUGAGGCUGGAAUCGAUUACUCCCCGCUUAAGUACAGCGAUGACAAAAGUGUACCCUAACGUUGCUCCCACCGCCGCCGCCACCAAUGAGAAGCAGCGCCAGCUGCUCAAGCUCAAGUCCUCUAAUAAUGCCUUAGACGCCGAUCACGCGGUUGUUUUAACCGUGUGGAAGAAGUCUUUGUUGUUCAACUGCAAUGGCUUUACAGUCUUUGAUAGCAGGGGCAACCUUUUGUUUAGGGUUGACAACUAUAUGGCCACUUCCGGUAGUAAUGGUGAGAUCGUUCUUAUGGAUGCUGCUGGCAAGCCUCUCCUCACCAUGCGACGCAAGAGGUUGAGCUUAGGAGAUAGUUGGCUGGUGUAUGAUGGAGAAACAGCCAUCAACCCCGAGUUUUCUGUGAAGAAGCAUGUUAGCAUCCUCAACAAAAAGUGUUUAGCUCAUGUUAGCCAAGCCGCAGGUAGUAACAAGAACGUUAUGUAUGAGAUAGAGGGAUCGUAUGCACAAAGAUGCUGUGCGGUGUAUGAUGAGAAGAAGAGAAAGGUGGCUGAGAUCAAGCCGAAAGAGAGAGUUGGUGGGGUGGCUUUUGGUGUAGACGUAUUCCGCCUCCUUGUUGGCCCAGAAAUUGACAGCUCAAUGGCCAUGGCUAUUGUCAUCCUCCUCGACCAGAUGUUUGGUUCAACCAGACGAUUUUCUACCUAAUUAUAACCAGCUAGCUAUGACACUUGCCUCCUACAUAUAAAGGGAAUUAAAGGGUAUAUAUAAACCGUACAGUGCAUAAUUAAUUAGCAAUUAAGGAAUGGAUCAUCGCAUUCUGAUUUUGAAUUUUGAUCUGCUGCUUGAAAACUAUGGGAACUGGAAAGUGAAUAAUUGCAACACCAACUCCUCCCUGGCGGCCUUUUCCUUCAUCGAUUAUAGCCCUUCUUGCAUCCAAAUCCCCACCUUUUAUUUUCUUCUUCUAUUUUCUUUUUACCGGUAUGUCGAGCUUGGUUUUUUCCUUUUAAAUAAAAAGCCAGAGCUUCAUGUGGGGAUGAAAGUAUCUAUUUCAAUAGAAAAACAAACUACAAUAAUUUGCUGUCUCAUCUUUUUUUUUCCUGUCUUGUUGGACAAAGGGUGGAGAUUAAGUGGGGGUGAUGAUGAUCAUCUGCUGUGGUUUACUUUUCUAAUUUCCCUUGUAAUUUUAGUUUUCCUUUGUAAGAAUAAAAGUAAAACUAUAUAUAUAGAACAAUCAAAUAAAAAUUAGUAGUUACAUUUUGAGAA